AAAAGAGAAGAAGAAGAAGAAGAUUGAAUUGCAAUUGUAUAAUAAUAUUGAAAUGGCGUCGUUUGUCUUUGUGGAGCAAGAAUUUGAAAGUUGAAACCCAAAAGGUGAACAUAAAAAAGGGCGGAUGUGAAGGGGAGUAGUGCAAUACAAUUAAAUCCCUCCACUGAGUUCCGACCGCACCUGUCCCCAACCCAAACCCAAGCUCCUCUCCGAACGCGCUUCCUAAAAAGCUAAACGGUGAGCACCGUUUUGGAAACGUAAGCAAGAAAGCGUGAAUUCUUCAGAAAAAUAAAUUAGUUUGCAAAGGGAAAAAAAAAACGACGCUGCGUUUUGGGUCCCAAAUGCUCUGAAAUGGCUGUAGCUGACCAAAAGUCGUCUUCGUCUUCGUCUUCCACCUCCGCCGACGGUAAACUAUGGGGCUUCUUGAAGAGGCCUUUUCGUCCAUCGGCGACCGCCACCACCAAUACCAGCAAUUUCUCGUCGUCGUCUUCCUCCCAACAUAAUCAUCAUAAUCUCAAUCACAAUCAUAAUAAUACUAAUACUAAUGCUCAUCAUCCCCACAACUCAAACUCAUACCUCGAAGCUUCCAACCUUCACACCACCAACAAUCCGGUUUCUUCCGUCGCCAGGUCGUUGCUCCCAACUCGGCGUCGCCUCAAGCUCGAUCCCUCCAAUAAGCUCUACUUUCCUUGUGAACCUGGUAAACAAGUUAGGAGUGCCAUUAAAAUAAAAAACUCGAGCAAAUCCCAUGUAGCAUUCAAGUUUCAAACUACUGCACCAAAAAGUUGCUUUAUGCGUCCUCCUGGAGCUAUUCUUGCUCCUGGCGAGAGUCUCAUUGCAACUGUGUUCAAGUUCGUGGAGCUUCCUGAGAACAAUGAAAAGCUGGUUGACCAAAAGAGCAGGGUUAAGUUUAAAAUCAUGAGCCUGAAGGUGAAAGGACCAAUGGAUUAUGUACCCGAGCUUUUCGAUGAGCAGAAGGAUCAAGUUGCUAUAGAACGGAUACUACGGGUUGUUUUUCUAGAUCCAGAGCGCCCUAGUCCGACUUUGGAAAAGUUGAAACGCCAAUUAGCUGAAGCUGACGCUGCGCUUGAGGCACGCAAGAAGCCAACAGAAGAUGCAGGUCCAAAGAUUAUUGGAGAAGGGCUUGUAAUAGACGAAUGGAAAGAGCGAAGGGAAAGAUAUCUUGCUCGACAGCAGGUCGAAGGACUGGACUCAGUGUAAAGUGGUUCUUCCUUCCUUCCUUCCUUGCGGUUGUUUUUAUUUUUCUGUGAUUGGAUGAGAAUCAAUCUCUAUUAUUCUGUUUUCUCUUGAAAUAUAUAUUAGGACUUUACAAUAUAAGUCAGUGUAAAAAAAAAAAAAUAUCUGGAGAAUUUUCUAUAGUUGGGGUACUCAAAACUUGGAUUGUUAUACCUGCCUGUAGAUAAAGUGAUUUUGUUUGUUUCAUUUUAAGAAAUAAAACUGAGUCUAACGGGUUGUAAAUGUCUAAA